AUGAUUGAUGAAAUUGCCAAAGUUGGUUCUGGUAUUAAAGGCCCUUCAACUUAUCAAAUUGGAAAUGAAUAUUUAGAUGAAGAAUUUGAAGAACUUGAGAAAUAUCUUGGAGAUAUUUAUGAUAAAUUUUCAACUUUUGGUUGUACACUUAUGUGUGAUGGGUGGAGCACUCGUACAAAACAUCCAAUAAUAAAUUUUAUGGUAUACUGUGAUAGGCACAUGAUAUACCAUGGUUUAGUUAAUUGUACCAAUGUCAAGAAAACUGCUGAAUAUAUUUUCAAGUUAAUGGAUGAGGUAGUAGAGGUUGUGGGAGAAAAAAAUGUUGUGCAAGAUGUGACAGAUAGUAAAUCUAGUAUGAAAGCAGCUGGACAACUGUUGAUGAAAAAAAGAAAAAAUCUAUUAUGGUCACCUUGCGUUGCUCAUUGUAUAGAUUUGAUGUUGGAGGAUAUUGGCAAAAUAGAUAAUGUAAAAGAAACUAUUGCUCAGAGGAAGAAGAUAACAAGUUUCAUAUAUAACAGCGACAAAUCUUCUUUGGCAUUCUACAGAACUGAAAAAAUGUGCACCUCAGAUGAAUGGGCAGAGUUCAAUAACACUACCAAGAGACAGGCAGAAGCUAUAAAAGUAGCUGAGUUGAUAUUGUCAGAGAAGUUUUGGAAAAAAGUUAGAAAUGUGUGUGCAAUAAUGGAGCCUCUGGUCAAAGUUUUAAAAACUAUUGAUCAAGAUAAUAAGCCAACAUUGCCAAUUAUUUAUGAGGCAAUGGAUAGAGCAAAAAUGGUUAUUCAAAAGUCUGUGAAAUCUUGA